AAGCUUAGACCAAACAGUCACAUUCCUUCCUCCUCAGCCUCUCCGUCCGCCCUCAGCCUCUUCCAUCCCUAGCCAUUUUUCUCUGGUGACAAGCACACAGAAAGCUUCUUAGUCAUUAAGGUGGGUUCACAUUAUAAUGGGCUGUCCUCCUUAGGUACACAUCUGGGCUGAUGGUCAUUUCUGGUGACCUACCUGCAGCUUGAACCCAAGGCACUGCCAAACUUGACCUGGAGUUUUGCAAAGCCUGUCCUUAUCUCAAACCUUAUUGUCCAAAAAUACAGGUUCUUUUUCAAUCCCUGAGGUUCACAUUCCUCUGGAUCAUUGGACCAAGUCAGCCCACAAACCAGCACAUACCUCUGACCUUUAAUAGUAUUUUAGCCAAGAUGCCAGCUCUGAGCAGCAGCCCUCAGUCAGAGUCACUGGGAACGUGACCUGUACACAGAAGCCUAUUGAUGGUUAGUUGGUUUAUUGACCACUGAGAAGUAAACGAGUAACAGCCACUAACAGGGCUGGCUCAACCGUGCUCUGCCCGCUCGGUCACCUGCACACGGCUCCUGGCCUCACAGGUCACACUCAGGACACUGACCUUUGUUGCUUGGGUUGUUUGCUAGUGUGCUCUGUCUUCCAAUUAAUGUCACAACAAACUGCAAGUUGGAGUACAGAUCUCUUGGCUCCAGGCAAGCAGCACCUCAUUCUCUAACAGUCCUGUUAGUGCCCAGUGAUGUGAGCCUCUGGGUCACCAAGGCCGAGGACAGGACAAGGAAAAGCAGAUCUACAGCCCCCUCACCACCGUGCACAAGACAGGAUUAUUGGCUGCAGAUUGCAAUUAUCAUGUCUGACUCAGUAAUCCUUCGCAGCAUGAAGAAAUUUGGUGAGGAGAAUCAUGGCUUUGAGUCAGACAGAUUCUAUAACAAUGAUAAGAAUUCAAGGUUACAAGAUAAGAAGAAAGACAGCAGCAGUCAAGUUGGCUUCUUCCAGUUGUUUCGAUUUUCUUCACCAACUGAUAUUUGGCUGAUGUUUGUGGGAAGUUUAUGUGCAUUUCUCCAUGGACUAGCCUAUCCAGGCGUGCUGCUCAUUUUUGGCACUAUGACAGAUGUUUUUAUUGACUAUGAUACUGAAUUACAAGAACUCAAGAUCCCUGAAAAAGCCUGUGUAAAUAACACCAUAGUGUGGACUAAUAGCUCCCUCAACCAGAAUGUGACAAAUGCAACACAUUGUGGGUUGCUGAACAUUGAGAGUGAAAUGAUCAAGUUUGCCAGUUACUAUGCUGGAGUUGCUGUAGCAGUACUUACCACGGGGUACAUUCAAAUAUGCUUUUGGGUAAUUGCUGCAGCUCGUCAGAUCCAGAAAAUGAGGAAAUUUUACUUUAGGGGAAUAAUGAGAAUGGAAAUAGGAUGGUUUGACUGCAAUUCAGUGGGAGAGCUGAAUACAAGAUUGUCUGAGGAUAUUAAUAAAGUCAAUGAUGCCAUUGCUGACCAAAUGGCCAUUUUCAUUCAGCGCAUGACCACGAGCAUCUGUGGAUUCUUGCUGGGGUUUUACCAGGGUUGGAAACUGACUCUGGUUAUCAUCUCUGUCAGCCCUCUCAUUGGGAUUGGAGCAGCUGUCAUUGGACUGAGUGUGUCCAAGUUUACUGACCAUGAAUUAAAGGCCUAUGCCAAAGCAGGGUCCGUGGCAGAUGAAGUCAUUUCAUCUAUGCGAACAGUGGCUGCUUUUGGUGGUGAGAAAACAGAGGUUGAAAGGUACGAGAAAAAUCUUGUGUUUGCCCAGCGUUGGGGAAUUAGAAAAGGGAUAGUGAUGGGAUUCUUUACUGGAUUCAUGUGGUGUCUCAUCUUCUUAUGUUAUGCACUGGCUUUCUGGUAUGGCUCCAAACUUGUCCUGGAUGAUGGUGAAUAUACAGCAGGAACCCUUGUGCAGAUUUUCCUCAGCGUUAUAGUAGGAGCUUUAAAUCUUGGCAAUGCAUCAUCUUGUUUGGAAGCCUUUGCAACUGGGCGUGCAGCAGCCACCAGCAUUUUUGAGACAAUAGACCGGAGACCUGUCAUUGACUGCAUGUCAGAAGAUGGUUACAAAUUGGAUCAAGUUAAUGGUGAAAUUGAAUUCCAUAAUGUGACCUUCCACUAUCCUUCUAGACCAGAGGCAAAGAUUUUAAAUAACCUCAGCAUGGUCAUUAAAUCAGGGGAAAUGACAGCUUUGGUAGGACCCAGUGGAGCUGGGAAAAGCACAACCCUGCAGCUUAUUCAGCGAUUCUACGACCCCAGUGAAGGCAUGGUGACUUUGGAUGGCCAUGACAUUCGAUCUCUUAAUAUUCAGUGGCUUAGAGCUCAGAUUGGGAUAGUGGAGCAAGAGCCCGUUUUGUUCUCCACCACCAUUGCAGAGAAUAUUCGGUAUGGCAAAGAAGAUGCAACAAUGGAAGAUAUAGUCCAAGCUGCCAAGACAGCCAAUGCCUACGGCUUCAUCAUGAGCCUGCCCCAGCAAUUUGACACUCUUGUUGGAGAAGGAGGAAGCCAGAUGAGUGGUGGCCAGAAACAAAGAGUAGCCAUUGCUAGAGCCCUUGUCCGAAACCCCAAGAUCCUGCUUCUGGACAUGGCCACCUCAGCACUGGACAAUGAGAGCGAAGCCAUGGUACAAGAGGCACUGAGUGAGAUUCAGCAUGGACAUGCAAUCAUUUCAGUCGCUCACCGCCUAUCCACAGUCAGAGCUGCAGAUGUCAUUAUUGGUUUUGAACAUGGAACAGCAGUGGAAAGAGGCACCCAUGAAGAACUGUUAGAAAGAAAAGGAGUUUACUUCACUCUGGUGACUUUGCAAAGUCAAGGAGAUCGAGCCCUUGGUGAAGAGGACAUAAAAGGAAAAGGUGAAACUGAAGGUGCCUUACUGGACAGCAGACAGACCUUUAGCAGAGGGAGUUACCAGUCUAGUUUAAGAGCUUCCAUCCGGCAACAAUCCAAGUCUCAACUCUCCUACCUAGUACAUGAAGCUCCAUUAGCUGUUGUAGAUCAUACGUCUACUUAUGAAGAAGGUGGAAAGGACAAGGACAUUUCUGUGGAAGAAAAGAUUGAACCUGCCCCUGUUAGAAGGAUUCUGAAAUUCAAUGCUCCAGAAUGGCCCUACAUGCUGGUAGGGGCUGUGGGUGCAGCUGUCAAUGGGACCGUCACACCCCUCUAUGCCUUUUUAUUCAGCGAGAUUCUUGGGACUUUUUCACUUCUGGAUAAAGAAGAACAAAGGUCACAAAUCAAUGGUGUAUGCCUGCUCUUUGUAGCACUGGGCUGUGUAUCCUUCUGCACUCAGUUUCUGCAGGGAUACGCUUUUGCUAAAUCUGGAGAACUCCUUACAAAAAGGUUACGCAAAUUUGGUUUCCAAGCAAUAUUAGGGCAAAACAUUGGCUGGUUUGAUGAUCUCAGAAAUAGCCCUGGAGCACUGACCACAAGGCUUGCUACAGAUGCCUCACAAGUUCAAGGGGCUGCUGGCUCUCAAAUUGGGAUGAUGGUUAAUUCCUUCACUAACAUCAGUGUGGCCAUGAUCAUCGCCUUCUUCUUUAGCUGGAAGCUAAGCCUCGUCAUCGUGUGCUUCUUUCCCUUCUUGGCUUUAUCAGGAGUCGCACAGACCAAAAUGCUGACAGGCUUCGCCACUCAGGACAGGCAGGCUCUGGAGAUGGCGGGACAGAUCACAAAUGAAGCGCUCAGUAAUAUCCGCACUGUUGCUGGAAUUGGAAAGGAGAGGCAAUUUAUUGAAGCAUUUGAGACUGAACUGGAGAAGCCAUUCAAGACAGCCAUUCAAAAAGCGAAUGUUUAUGGAUUCUGCUUUGGUUUUUCCCAAUGCAUAGUGUUCGUUGCUAAUUCUGCUUCCUACAGAUACGGAGGUCACUUGAUCCCCAGUGAGGGACUCCACUUCAGCUAUGUGUUCAGGGUGAUCUCUUCAGUUGUGCUGAGUGCAACAGCUCUUGGAAGAGCAUCCUCUUACACUCCAAGUUAUGCCAAAGCCAAAAUAUCAGCUGCACGCUUUUUUCAACUGCUGGAUCGACAACCGCCAAUCAAUGUAUAUGGUAGUGCAGGAGAAAAAUGGGACAACUUCCAGGGGCAGAUUGAUUUUGUUGACUGUAAAUUUACAUAUCCUUCUCGACCUGAUAUGCAAGUUCUGAAUGGUUUCUCAGUGUCAGUUAGUCCAGGACAAACACUGGCAUUUGUUGGAAGCAGUGGAUGUGGCAAAAGCACCAGUAUUCAGCUGUUGGAACGUUUCUAUGAUCCUGACCAAGGGAAGGUGAUGAUAGAUGGGCGUGACAGCAAAAAAGUAAAUGUUCAGUUUCUCCGCUCGAACAUUGGAAUUGUUUCCCAGGAACCUGUGUUGUUUGCCUGUAGCAUAAUGGACAAUAUCAAGUAUGGAGACAACACCAAAGAAAUUCCCAAGGAAAAAGUCAUAGAAGCAGCAAAGCGGGCUCAGCUGCAUGACUUUGUCAUGUCACUCCCAGAGAAAUAUAACACUAAUGUGGGGUCCCAGGGUUCUCAGCUCUCCCGAGGGGAGAAACAACGCAUUGCUAUCGCUCGGGCCAUCAUAAGAGAUCCUAAAAUCCUGCUACUAGACGAGGCUACUUCUGCCUUAGACACAGAAAGCGAGAAGACGGUGCAGGUGGCCCUGGACAAAGCCAGAGAGGGUCGGACAUGCAUUGUCAUCGCCCAUCGUUUGUCCACCAUUCAGAAUGCGGACAUCAUUGCUGUCAUGUCACAGGGGGUAGUGAUUGAAAAGGGCACCCAUGAAGGCCUGAUGGCCCAGAAAGGAGCCUACUACAAACUAGUCACUACGGGAGCCUCCAUCAGUUGACCUGAUUCAAGAACUUUAUACAUAGAUUAUCUACCAAUUACAGGAGUGUCAUGGGGUUUUUUUUCUUCCUUUAAUGAGAAAUAAUGACAUUUUACUUUUACAGUGUUAUACGUUGGGAUCGAAGCUAAUUUCUAAUGAUCUUCAAUGGUAAUUUAUAUAGAAAAUGAAAGAAACUAGGUUCAGUGUGAGUGAAAAUCCAAUGUCAAGCAUCUGUUUAGCCAUCACCCAGUGCUCUCUCCACUCAAGAGCCAGUCCCAGUUACUACGUGGGAGUUAGCAAGGAGUCAUGGAGUAAAGAGACUUUGAAUUCCUCAAGGGCAGAGGACUGUACUUUGCAUUUUUUGAGCCCUUGGUGUACACAAAGAUUGGUGUUUAAUAGGUACUCAACAAAUGUUUAUUGAGCUAUACCAAGGUCAUAUGUGAAAAGAACAGAAAGACUGAAGAUCAACUGUGUUUCUUGAUUAAAGUUUUCUUGCAUGUGAAA